UUUUCUUCCGUCUAUUGACGGAACUCCGGGCUCCCGGAUUUGGUGGUUGUGUACGUGGAAGAAGCCCGCGCAUGCGCGGCUCGGGCCUUUUCGUCUCAGCUGUGCGCGAAGGGCUGGGGGUAACGUCCCGGGCUCGGGGGGGAUUGUCAGUCAUGGCCCGCCGCUGACCGGGCCCGCCGUUUGAGGAAGGGGGCGAGGCCGUUCCGCAGCACCCCUCCCCGGGCCUCAGGCUGGUCGGCCUGGCCCUCCGCCUUCCCGCUUGGUGCUGCCGCCGCCACUGCCGGCUGAGGAGGGGAGAUGAGUUGGUUCAACGCCUCCCAGCUUUCCAGCUUCGCGAAGCAGGCCCUGUCCCAGGCCCAGAAGUCUAUCGACAGGGUCCUGGAUAUCCAGGAAGAGGAGCCGAGCGUCUGGGCCGAGACCAUUCCGUACGGAGAGCCGGGAAUAAGUCCCCCUGUCAGUGGAGGAUGGGAUACUUCAACCUGGGGGUUAAAAUCAAACAGUGAACCUCAGAGUCAGCCUGUAGCCUCUCCUAAAGCAAUAACAAAGCCAGUUCGGAGAACUGUGGUAGAUGAAUCUGAAAAUUUCUUCAGUGCCUUUCUCUCUCCAACGGAUGUCCAGACCAUUCAGAAGAGUCCAGUGGUAUCAAAACCACCAGCUAAAUCACAACGACCAGAAGAAGAAGUAAAAAGCACUUUACAGGAAUCCUUGCCCACUGGACAGUCAAGAACCUCGGAAACAACGGAGUCAAAAGUGAAAGACUCUACUCCAUGUGUAUCAGGGGAAACUCUGGCAGUAGAUACUCCGUCGCCAAAAACUGAGGGCAAGCAUGAAGAAACUGUUAAUAAAGAGUCUGAUACGAAGGUAUCAACUGUACGUUUGAAGGUAUCCGAAAAUGUAAUUAAUGUGAAAACAACUAGGGAAAACAUACCUAAUAUGUCGACUGCAGAAACAAAGGACGUGGCUUUGGAACCUAAGGAACAAAAACAUGAAGACAGACAGACUAACACACCUUCUCCUCCAGUUAGUACCUUCUCGUCUGGUACUUCUACCACCAGUGACAUUGAAGUCUUAGAUCAUGAAAGUGUAAUAAGUGAGAGCUCAGCAAGUUCGAGACAAGAGACUACAGAUUCAAAAUCAAGUCUUCACUUGAUGCAGACAUCUUUUCAGCUUCUCUCAGCAUCUGCUUGUCCUGAAUAUAAUCGUUUAGAUGAUUUCCAGAAACUCACUGAGAGUUGCUGUUCAUCUGAUGCUUUUGAAAGAAUAGACUCGUUUAGUGUGCAGUCGUUAGAUAGUCGUAGUGUAAGUGAAAUCAAUUCAGAUGAUGAACUGUCAGGCAAGGGAUAUGCUUUAGUACCUAUUAUAGUUAAUCCUUCAACUCCAAAGACUAAAGUAAUUGAAUCUGUUGAAGGAAAAUCUGAAGAAGAAGUAAAUGAAACAUUAAUUAUACCCACUGAAGAAACAGAAAUGGAAGAAAGUGGACGAAGUGCAACACCUGUUAACUGUGAACAGCCUGAUAUCUUGGUUUCUUCUACACCAGUAAGUGAAGGACAUGCUGUCUCAGACAAAGUGGCCGAGCCGCACGAAACUGCUGAAAGUAAGCCAGAAGCACAUUCUGAGAAGGAAGAUGUUUGCAAGAGAGUCGAAUUUCUGAAUGAGAAACUGGAUAAAAGGGAGGCUCAGUUAUUAUCUCUUAGUAAAGAAAAAGCACUUCUAGAAGAAGCCUAUGAUAAUCUGAAAGAUGAAAUGUUUAGAGUGAAAGAAGAAAGCAGCAGCAUUUCUUCCUUGAAAGAUGAAUUUACUCAAAGAAUUGCAGAAGCAGAAAAGAAAGUUCAGCUAGCCUGUAAAGAGAGAGAUGCUGCUAAAAAGGAAAUCAAAAGUAUAAAAGAAGAACUUGCUACUAGAUUAAAUAGUAGUGAAACUUCAGAACUUUUGAAAGAGAAAGAUGAGCAGAUCCGAGGGUUAAUGGAAGAAGGAGAAAAACUUUCAAAACAGCAGCUGCAUAAUUCUAACAUUAUUAAGAAAUUAAGAGCUAAAGACAAAGAAAAUGAAAAUAUUAUUGCAAAACUGAACAAAAAAGUUAAAGAGCUAGAAGAAGAGUUGCAACAUUUAAAACAGGUCCUUGAUGGCAAAGAAGAGGUUGAGAAACAACAUAGAGAAAACAUUAAAAAACUAAAUUCUGUGGUAGAACGCCAAGAGAAGGAUCUUGGCCGACUUCAGGUAGACAUGGAUGAACUUGAAGAAAAGAACCGAAGUAUUCAAGCUGCUCUGGAUAGUGCAUACAAAGAACUUACUGAUCUCCACAAAGCCAAUGCUGCAAAAGAUAGCGAGGCACAGGAAGCUGCUCUGAGUCGUGAAAUGAAAGCCAAAGAAGAACUUUCUGCAGCACUAGACAAGGCCCAAGAAGAAGCCCGUCAGCAGCAAGAAACGUUAGCGAUUCAAGUGGGAGACCUCAGGCUGGCACUGCAACGUGCAGAGCAAGCGGCUGCCAGAAGAGAGGAUUAUUUACGCCAUGAGAUCAGUGAACUCCAGCAGAGACUUCAGGAAGCAGAGAAUCGAAACCAAGAGCUGAGUCAAAGUGUUUCAUCAACAACAAGACCAUUGCUUCGACAGAUAGAAAAUUUGCAAGCAACUCUAGGGUCCCAGACAUCAUCGUGGGAGAAGUUAGAGAAGAAUCUUUCUGAUAGGCUUGGUGAAUCCCAGACCUUGUUGGCAGCAGCAGUUGAAAGAGAACGUGCAGCUACAGAAGAACUCCUUGCCAACAAAAUUCAAAUGUCCUCCAUGGAGUCACAGAAUUCUCUCUUAAGGCAGGAAAAUAGUAGAUUUCAGGCCCAGCUAGAAUCAGAGAAAAAUAAGCUAAGAAAACUGGAGGAUGAAAAUAGUAGGUACCAGGUUGAAUUAGAAAACCUAAAAGAUGAAUAUGUAAGAACACUUGAAGAGACAAGGAAAGAAAAGACACUAUUGAAUAGUCAGUUAGAAAUGGAGAAAAUGAAAGUUGAACAAGAAAGGAAGAAAGCAGUUUUCACCCAAGAAGCAGUAAAAGAAAAGGAACGGAAGCCAUUUUCUGUUUCUAGCACUCCCACAAUGUCACGAUCAAGUUCAAUAAGUGGAGUUGAUAUGGCAGGGCUACAGACAUCUUUUCUGUCUCAGGAUGAGCCUCAUGAUCAUUCAUUUGGACCAAUGUCUGUAUCAGCAAAUGGAAACAAUCUUUAUGAUGCUGUAAGAAUGGGAGCAGGAUCCAGCAUUAUUGAAAAUCUACAGUCUCAGCUAAAGCUGAGGGAAGGAGAAAUUACUCAUUUACAGCUGGAAAUUGGCAAUCUAGAAAAAACCCGCUCAAUAAUGGCUGAAGAGCUGGUUAAAUUAACUAAUCAAAAUGAUGAACUUGAAGAGAAAGUGAAGGAGAUACCCAAACUUCGAACUCAGCUAAGAGAUUUGGAUCAGAGAUACAACACUAUUCUGCAGAUGUAUGGAGAGAAAGCAGAAGAGGCAGAAGAACUUCGAUUAGAUCUUGAAGAUGUAAAAAAUAUGUAUAAGACUCAAAUAGAUGAACUUUUAAGACAAAGACUCAGUUAACUUCUAAAAAUUACAUUCCCAUCAAACUGAAUGUAAACAUUUAAUAUCUAAAAUGUAGACUUCCAAUAAAUUCUUUUAUAGAAUUAGAAAGUGGAAUUUACUGUAGAGUUCAAAAACUGAAAAAAAUUUGUUUUAUAGUAUAUAGUAAUAAUUGCAAUUAAAUUAUUUUGUGCAAUAUUUGAACUUUAUUUUUGAAACUAUUCUUUAAAGAUUUAUUUUUUAAAGCACCCUUUUUUUUUUCUUUUUCUUUUUCUUUUUUUUUUUUUUUGUCUUGAAAGCACAGAGAUUAACUACUUUUCCUCAUAUCAAUAUGGUUAGGGAAAGAGAAUGGUGUUCAUAUGUGGUAUUGUAAAUAUAUAAUUAAUUGUCUCUCUAAUUUAUAUGUGUUUGUAUAUAUUAAGGACAUUUAAAGAGUGGUAUUAACAUACUAAAACUUUGAAAUCUUCCACAAUUCAACAUGUCUAAUUAUUACUUGCUGAAAAUGAACAUUUAGUCUUCAGGUAAAAAAAUAUAUAUAUAUUAAACCUGCAAUUACUAAAUUUUGAGCUAAUUUUUUUUUUUUUAAGUAGAAGUCACGCUGACACUGUCUGAAGUUUAAAGGGUGAAUGAUUUAAACUUAAAAAUUUUUGUGGCCCAUGAAAUUAUUUCACCCAAAUUCUAUAAUUAAGUCUGUGCAAAGUUUACCUCUCUGGUAAAAGCUAUACCUAUUCAGUUAGUUAUAUAGGCAUGAUUGGAUAGUGGAAAAAUUUUACUUGCAUUGAUUUUUUGAUGGUAUCAGUGACAUUUAAGUGAUUUUGAAGAAGUAUUGUUUUACUACCCUAUAAAAUGAAUCGAAAGUGAUAAAAUAAUAACAUAAUUUUCUCUUAAAAAUUGUUCACAUUUUGUAAAGCCUUAUUUUUUGACACAUUAAAAAUCAAUGUUUGAUAUUACAGAAUAUUCAUAACAAAAUAGAGAAGUUAUAGGAGUUAAUUUAAAUUUGGCAUUUUGCAGUUCUGUGUAAUUUAUCAUUUUACUUUUUCUCAAAACCUAAUUUAAACACAAAAAUAGUGUGGAAAAAGCUUUAAAAACAGCUAUCCUUUCUUUCAAAUGUUAUUUUGUUUAAAAGUUAACUAGGCUGUGUUUUAGAUUUGUGAUAUAUUUUGAUACAUUUUAUUACUCAAAGUCAUUUAGCUGCCUUUAGGUGGGAAUAAAAACUUGCAUUUAAAAUUUAGUUUAAUUUUAAACACUAGAACUUGGGAGUAUAGCUACAAGCAAGCCAUGUUGAAGAAUUUGGAAUGCUUUUCAGGGCAAUUCAAGUGACCUCAUUUUUAUUCUUUUUGUAUUCCAGACAGUGUUUCUGUCAUGGAUCUCUGAUUUGUAGCACUAAUAAAUACUCUUUGAGUGUGAACCAAACUCAUAAAAUUAAUUUUCUAUAUAUUAGUGGUAAGAAGCAGUGUAAUAGCUUUUUGUCAGCUUGGAUUUUUUUUUUUUUUUUUUAAUAUUCAGGGGCUGACAAGGAAUGACAAGACUGAUAGCAAUAAAAAAAUGUACAGAAUUAGAAAAUAUAGGAAACUUAAGUUGCAAAAUUCUGUCAAGCAUUUGAAACUAGAAGUUUAGAAAUUACGAAACUAUUCUUUUAAAAUAUCUAUUAGUGAGAAAAUAAAGUCUUCAGUUGUGGAGAAAAGAUUGAAAUAAAACCUAUACCUUUCAAUUUCAAAAUAGUAAACAUUCUCUUUUCUUAAUGCUUAUUAACAUUAAUAAAAUCAAUUCAACUUAAAAAAUUUUAAAAGUGUUUUCAAUUUAUUUAACUCAAAAAUGAUAAGCAUUUGUUUAAAGCCUUGGCUGUAUAUUACCCUAUGUUCUUUAUCCAAAAAUUAAUAACGAAUAGUCAUACGUAUUUUAUUAUACACUUAGAUCUCUCAGUACAUUUUUAUAAGUUGAGAAGGUGUAGGGAAUGAGUUUCUUGAAAAAUUCCACUAAGUGGCAGAACACCUAUAGAAUUUUGGUUGCUGUAUUUUGCUGUGUGUCAUUAAAACUUCUCCAUCCAUAUUCUAGUAAGGUAAUGUUUAUAAUAGUUUGCAAUCAGAUGUUUCUAAUCUUGAAAGAAAAUAGAUAUUACAAAUGAUAAUAAUUUCAACAAUAUAAAAAAAGAGUAGAAGAGGUGUGAACCUUGUUGAUAUGUAGACAGCUGAAUACAGACUAGGUGUUUUUCCAACUCCUGGGAAGCUAAAUUGAGACUACCAUUUCUUUCUUUUUCAUUUCCUCUUUUUUGAGAAGUUCCAGUUGUGUAUACUCCUUAGCAUAUGGGAAUGUACUGAAUGUAUCUAUAUUAUGAUUUGAGGUAUUCUGAAUAUGAAUAACUUCUGACCUGGGGAAACAUGAGUUUUUGGAGUUAAUUAAGUGAAUUUUUUUUUCGCAUGAUCCCUCAAUUGGCAUUUGAUUUCUUAAUUGAAAAUUUAUGCAGAUGUGUAUUAAAAGUAUAUGAUUUGCAGUAUUUAGAAAAUAUCCACAAGAAAAAAAAGAAAGUGACUAUAGAUAUCUUUAUCUUGUUUUACUAUUUGUCUAGUAUAUAUACAUUUUUUUCUAGUGUAUCAUAAUUUUUUAUUUUCCUUUAAAAAUCUAAUCGCCCGUAUUUCAUUCAGUUUUACACUGUAACUUUAAUUUCAUAUUUUGUAAAGGGCUAAAAGUAUGAUUUAAACUACAGAUUGGCAUAAUAUUUUAAUUCUAAAUGAAAGGUAAUGUAAAUAAGCAUGGAUCUGAUUUUAAUAAAGAUUUUAAAAUAUUAAUAAUUUA